AUGUCCAGCCUUCCGGCCAACCUUGUCGGCAGGCUUCACCUUCUGCGGAAGCUGGAACAACCAGAGUGGAGGGAGGGGACGUCAUUGCCGUCACUCAAUUCUCAGUCCAUAAAGCUCCCCAUGACGACUGGCAGUCAGGAGGGCGAGUCGGAAGCUGAGGCAUCAGCCAGUCAAUAUCACCGAGCCAUGCCCGAUGCUGGAGUUGAACGCUCUCCGAGUACCGAUGCCGUCGUCACGUCUAUAGAACAAUCGGAAGAUGACCCUAGGUCACCCAUAUUGAUCCAACACAACGUGCCCUCCUUGCCCAACAGUCCCCAGGGUAAUAACUCAUCCUCCUCGAAGAAAAAGGAGCGAAUUUCCACGGAGGAGCUCAAGCGAGCCCUGCGCAAGGGCAAGAAGCUGGCUACUCUCUCAGGUAAUUCCACUUCUCAACUCCAAGACCAAGGUGGUCGGCUUCUCGACCACACACAGAGACUCGGCAAGCUCAUGAGCUUCGUUGAUGAACUGGCCGAAGAGAUAUCUGCACACACCAUCGAACUAGAGGCGCAUUCCUCUCUACUUGAGAAACAAAGCCUCGCCCUGGCCCAGCUCCGCAACGACAACCAGACCCUUCGAGCGCGCCUCUAG